GAAAAGAAAAUAGAGGACGAAAUGGGGUUUCGUGGGUUUUGAUUCAUUCAUUCACGGCUCUUACAUUGGGAGGAACACGUGGGUUGGAAGACAAAGUCUGAAGAGAACAUGGGAAUGAUUGAAUAACCUUCAAAACUCUCUCUGUACUUACUUGCACUCAUUAAUUAACUCAUUUUAUUAAAUAAUUUAAAAUAUUUCUUAGUUGCACUUGCACUACCUCACUCACAUGUGCCAUCCUUGCCUUAGGCAUUCUAAUUCCUUAUUUAAACACAAACAUUUUGUGCUUUCAAACCACAAUUAAUGUAAAUACAAAAUCUUAAAUUGCAUUGUUGUAUCCUUUUUCACUUGGGAUUUUAAGCAUUCAGCAAAUCAAGAACAAAAUGACCAAACUUAUUAUGUUUAUUUUGGGCACCCUCAUUGGAUUAUGUUGUUUCACAUUAAAUUCCUAUGCUUUCAUAGCUUCAGGAUGGAAUAAAGGCCAUGCCACAUUUUAUGGCGGCAGUGAUGCCUCAGGCACUAUGGGAGGGGCUUGUGGUUAUGGGAAUCUGUAUUCAGCAGGGUAUGGGACAAGAACAGCUGCAUUGAGUACUGCUUUGUUUAAUGAUGGAGCUUCUUGUGGGGAAUGUUACAAAAUUAUUUGUGAUUAUAAGACAGAUCCAAGAUGGUGCAUAAAAGGAAGAUCUAUUACCAUAACAGCCACAAAUUUCUGCCCUCCUAAUUUUGAUCUUCCUAACAAUGAUGGAGGAUGGUGCAAUCCACCUCUCAAGCAUUUUGAUAUGGCUCAACCAGCUUGGGAAAAAAUUGGAAUCUACAGAGGAGGGAUCAUCCCUGUCUUAUACCAAAGGGUACCUUGUAAAAAGCAUGGAGGAGUUAGGUUCACUGUAAAUGGGAGGGACUAUUUUGAGCUAGUGUUGAUCAGCAAUCUAGGUGCUGCUGGAUCAAUUCAAUCUGUAUCCAUUAAAGGCUCCAAAACAGGUUGGAUGUCUAUGUCAAGAAAUUGGGGUGCUAAUUGGCAAUCAAAUGCUUAUUUGAAUGGUCAAUCUUUGUCUUUCAAAGUCACAACAACUGAUGGAGUAACAAGAUCUUUCCAAAAUAUUGUUCCUUCUAAUUGGGCAUUUGGUCAAACUUUCUCUAGCAAGCUCCAAUUCUAAAUAAGGACACUCUAAAGUUAUGGGUUUAAUUUUUGAUUCAAGAUUUUUACAUAAUCGAUUAUCAGAACGGCUGAGGCGUGCUUUUUUUUUAUUUGAUUGGAGCAGCCCGCCACCCCUAUUCUGGUUUGGUGGAUGGAUUAAACUCAUCAAGUUCAAGCCCUUGAUUAAGCCACAUGGCUUGCAUGAAUUGUUAUUCUUAUGAAUAAUAACAAUCAUCAUCAUCAUCAUAUUAUUUGAAGCUUCUCUCGAGUCUCAAGCAUGUAGAAAUUAAUAAGCAUUUUUCAAGUUUAUAUAUUUUAUAGUAUAAAAUCAUGAAUAGUACUAUUGUUCUAGUUCUAGCUUCUUUUUUUUGGACGGAUACUAUUGUUCUAGCUGUACUGAUGAGUUGGGAAAUUAUUGAUUUCCUAAGAUAUUUCAAUUAAUAUAGUGUUGUUGGUUGUCA